AUGGAGUCUAGGAGGACAGUCCCCGAUUUUUAUCGUGGAGGCUCGCCUUCGACACCUUACUAUACAGCUCAUCCAUCUCCAACGGCCACUCCGGAGUCUCACUCUGACGAUGAGCAGCAGCCAAUAGCAGAUUUCAGUCAAGCUACGCUAGGACACUCUCGUCCGCCUUCACCAGCACCAACCGCAGACUUUAGCAUGAUCUCACCUCCAAGCAGUCCUUCCUAUAUUCAAUAUCAUUCUCAAUUCCUUUCAGCACAGCAAGGGCGAAACACCCUUCCUUUCUUCCGGACAUCUCCAACCCGCACUUCUACCCAUUUACGAAGUCACAGCAUAGCCUCGGGAGGCAGUACAAAACGCCGCCUUUGGGAAAGCAUCUCUUCUCCAUCUCCUCGAGGCAGCAAGUCCUCGCCUAUACUCAAACAUCCAUCGCCAACCCAUAGGCACUUUCCUAGGUCAUCCCCUAAUAUCUUGCGCGCAAAGCGCAAGACCAAACGUCCUUCAGUAUCAGGCGUCUUCUAUUGUGGAUCCAGGGUUCAGGGUAAUACCAAUGGAGAUGUCCACGUAGACUACGGUGCAUUAGACCCACUUGACGGUGAAGAAGGUGAACUCGUAGAUCACGAAGGUUAUUUUGAUGCAAUUCAAUGCGAUCUCACAGAACUCAUUCUAUACAUUUUCUCCCUCCUCCCGAUGCGUUCAGUUUUAGCCUCCAAAGACACAAGCGUCUGGCUCGGUGUGUGGAGAGGAAGAGAAGGCCGUCCAAGAGUCCGACCCCGCUCACCUUAUCAAAGCCCAUACAACCAUUCCUAUACACACAACUUUGCGUACGGGCUCGGGUCUUCAGUGAAUUACAUGUCUUCUUAUUCAUUCCCACAAAAUUCCUUAGCCAGCUCGUCCUCCUCUUCUUCUCAAGACGAUUCGGAUUCGGAUAUCUUAGGCACGAAUUUAGGACCUCUCCGGCUUAACUGGCACACCCUCUACCGCUCUCGCGCCACACUCGAAAGGCGAUGGCGAGAUCCGCGCGGUGAGCCACGGGUGAUGCGGAUUGAGGGGCACGGAGACAGCGUCUACUGCCUCGACUUUGACUCGCGACGGAUCAUUACAGGAUCUAGGGACAGGACCAUCAAAGUGUGGUGUAUCCGCACUGGCGAGUGUCUUGCGACAUUUGAGGCUCAUUUGGGGAGUGUGCUUUGUUUAAAGUUUGAAAAGGACUUUGAUGCGAAGCGAUCUUGCUCGCGCCGGUCUUUUUCUCGCGGGCCUAUCAAUAGUGAAGAAGAGGAGGGUGGUGCCAACGAGGAUGCGAAUGAGGGGGAAGAGGAGGAAUCGCAUGGAAUGAUGGUAUCCGGUUCUUCUGAUUGCACAGUACGCGUCUGGGACCUAUACGCAAAACAUCGUGGUUCGGGAGUACGGGCUGAUGUACGUGCGAUUCUGCGUGGCCAUUCUGGGGGCGUGUUGGAUUUGAGGAUGGAUGAGAAUUGGAUUGUUAGCUGCUCCAAAGACGCAUUGAUCAACGUCUACUCCCGAUCUACGCUCACUUUACACGCCGUCCUACGAGGCCAUGAAGGACCCGUGAACGCCAUCGGACUCGAAGGCGGGAGAGUAGUGAGUGCCAGUGGGGAUGGUCGAAUGAUGUUGUGGGAUGCUGCUAGUGGGAGAUGUGAACGGGUGUUUGAGGGGCAUGAGAGGGGGUUGGCUUGUAUUGAGUUUAAGGACGACCUAAUCCUAAGCGGUUCAAACGACUGCACUAUCAAGCUCUGGCGCGCAUCUACAGGAGAGUGUCUGCACACUUUUGCUGGUCAUACGUUGUUGGUUCGCGCAUUGUGUUUUGAUCCGAAGACUGGGGUUUGGGAGUGGAGGGAACCUGCUGUGGAUUUGGUGAGAGAGUUUAGGGAUUUGCAUGCGAGUCAUAUUUUUGAUGUUAAGUUUGAUGUGGGGAGGAUCGUUAGCACUUCGCAUGACCAGAAGAUUGUUGUUUUGGAUUUCACAGACGGCAUCGAAGGCUCUGAAAUCUUUGCGUGA